AUGGCCAGUCUUCUCUACUACCCGGUCUACUUUCUCGAAGGCUGCGUCGUCCUCACCAUCGGCUUCUACAUGUUGUCCCUCGUCCUCCCCAAGGCGGCCUUCGUGGCCCGCUCGCUCGCCAGCUACCUCUCGCUGCUCCUCUGCGCCGGUUUCGGCGUCUUCACCUCCAUCGCCUUCUCCCUGCUCGGCCACGGCCAGAGCGCGCAAUGGGCCGUCGGCCGCUCCUUCAAGUACGUCAUGGCGCUGACCACGGGCGUCCGCUUCAAGAUCGAGGACCCCAAGAACAUCCUCGGCAAGACCCGCCCCGCCGUCUUCAUCGGCAACCACCAGACCGAGCUCGACGUGCUCAUGCUAGGCUGCAUGUUCCCCAAGUACUGCUCCGUGACGGCCAAGAGCUCGCUGCGCAAGACCCCCUUCCUCGGCUGGUUCAUGUCCCUGUCCGGUUCCAUCUUCAUCGAUCGCGCUAGCAAGACCGACGCGCGCGCCGCUAUGGCCGGCGCCGCCAACCAGAUCCAGAAGAAGCAGCAGAGCGUUUACAUGUUCCCCGAGGGAACCAGGAGCUACUCCAAGGAGCCCGAGCUGUUGCCCUUCAAGAAGGGCGCGUUCCACUUGGCUGUUCAGGCUCAGGUCCCUAUUGUGCCGGUUGUCGUUGCCAACUAUAGCCACAUCCUUAACGUGAAGGACCUGGUCUUUAACGCCGGAGUUGUUCCUAUCAAGGUCCUCGACCCCAUCGACACCACCGGCCUCACCACCGCCGACGUCGACGAGCUCUGCAAGAACACGCGCGACCUCAUGCUCAAGGAACUCAUCGCCCUCACCGCCAAGGCCCGUGGCCAGUCCGUGUCCGAAGUCACCGGGGCCAACAACCACCCGAGCGUGGCCAAGACGUCCGGAACCGACAUGAAGGUUGCCGCCUAA